UAAUACACAACGGCCCCGUCACCCGCUUCUUCACCCAUUCUUCUCUCUCUCUCUCUCUCUCUCUCUCUCAUCUCGGGUCCCUCCAAUUUUCUUAUUACUCUCUACUUGGAGAACCUCUCGUUUUCCUCCUGGUAGUUUACACCCUGACCCUGUGCGCUCAACUAAGUGCGUCACAGCGUCAGAUAUCCCUUCCGCUACUUGAGUUCUAGUCUUUAUAAAUCCUUGAAGAAAAACCCAAAUCAUUUUGUCCACGCAGAACAAACGAGACGACUUAUAGAGAGUGAGAGAGAUGGGGAGUAUAGAGAUGGAUAAGGAGAGACUAACGGCAGAGAUGGCGUUUAGGGAAGACUCGUCGUCUGUCGUGAUAAAAAUCCGGCGAAGGUUGCCGGAUUUCUUACAGUCCGUCAAGCUCAAAUACGUGAAGUUGGGUUACGGGUAUACUUGCAAUUACGCAACCCUUCUGAUGUUUAUUCUUGUUCUUCCAUUGUUCGUAGCCAUGUCGGUUCAGCUCUCUGGUCUCAGGUUCGACCGGGUUUCCGACAUAUGGAUAAAUCCUACUGUUCUUCAAGUCGAUUCGGCAACUGGGUGGUCUGGUGUAGCCAUCUCGCUCUUCCUCUUGGGGCUCUACUGGGUCAAACGGCCCCGCCCGAUUUACCUAGUAGACUUUGCUUGCUACAAGCCCGAAGAUGAGCGGAAGAUGUCGGUUGAAUCGUUCUUGAAGAUGACGGAAGACAACGGAGCGUUCGAGGAUGAGUCGGUUCAGUUUCAAAGACGGAUCUGCACCCGUUCCGGCCUGGGUAACGAGACCUACUUUCCCAGAGGGAUUACCGCCAGCCCUCCCAAUUUAUGCAUGAAGGAGGCCCGGGCCGAGGCGGAGGCUGUCAUGUUCGGCGCUCUCGACUCUCUCUUCAGCAAAACCGGCGUUAAACCCAGUGAAGUCGGCAUCCUAAUCGUGAACUGCAGCUUAUUCAACCCAACUCCCUCUCUCUCCUCUAUGAUCGUUAAUCACUACAAGAUGGGAGGCGGCAUCAAGAGCUUCAACCUAGGUGGGAUGGGCUGCAGCGCUGGCCUUAUAUCUGUCGACCUCGCCAAGGACCUACUCAGAGCCAACCCAAACACAUAUGCCGUGGUGGUGAGCACGGAGAACAUCACUCUCAACUGGUACUUCGGCAACGACCGCUCCAUGCUUCUCUGCAAUUGUAUCUUCCGCAUGGGCGGAGCCGCCGUUCUCUUAUCGAACAGGGGUCGAGACCGCUCAAGGUCAAAGUAUCAGCUCAUCCACACGGUGCGAACCCAUAAAGGAGCUGACGACAAUAGCUAUAACUGUGUGUACCAAAGAGAAGACCAUAAAGGGACCAUUGGAGUAUCUCUUGCUCGAGAACUAAUGGCAGUUGCUGGCGACGCUUUAAAAACAAACAUAACCACGCUUGGUCCUCUAGUGUUGCCCCUCUCCGAGCAAUUAAUGUUCUUCAUCACUCUGGUUCGAAAGAAGGUCCUCAAGUCAAGGGUAAAACCCUAUAUACCAGACUUCAAGCUGGCAUUCGAACACUUCUGUAUACAUGCCGGAGGCCGGGCGGUGUUGGACGAGCUGCAGAAGAACUUACAACUCAGUGACUGGCAUAUGGAGCCUUCGAGGAUGACGCUUCACCGCUUCGGAAACACCUCAAGCAGCUCGCUUUGGUACGAAUUGGCCUACACUGAGGCCAAGGGACGAGUUUCCAGUGGGGACCGAAUCUGGCAGAUAGCGUUUGGGUCCGGUUUCAAGUGUAACAGCGCGGUUUGGAAAGCGCUCAGAGCGGUUCGGGUUGGCGAGUGCCAAGCCAACCCAUGGGCUGAUGUGGUUGAUCGGUACCCUGUCAAGGUUCCAGCUUGCUGACUUUUAGCCAGGUGUCGUCGCCCUAGUGGACAAAAUACACGAGGUGGGUGAUGUGUGGAGCUUCGCUUUCCUCUGCACACCAAAUUAUUACUAUUUCUUAUAUAUAUAUAUAUAAUUGGUCUUUAGAUGAUGUGAAAUUGUGCAUUGUGAUUUCCUCCAGCCCCGGGCAAGGGUUCGCUGUUCGUAUAAAUUCCAUUACCUUUCCAACAGAAA